AAAAAAAACUGUCGUUGAGGCGCCAUGGUGCGGCCGAGGGCCUCCGCCGCUGCGGAAGAACGGCAAAGAAAACUCCAGGAGUAUCUAGCAGCCAAGGGGAAACUGAAAUGCCACAAUGACAAGCCUUAUCUAAAAGCAAAGAAUAAUUGCCCAAAUCCUCCGCAUUCUAAAUCCACUCUUAGACCCAAAAAGGAUCUUACGAGCCAUCUUGCUUUGCCUGUCAAAGUCCAAAGGCCUAUCAGCGCUAAACUUCAGUCCAGACCUGCCAAUAUCCCAGGACCCCAGAAGCCAAAAUCAGAGCCACCAAAACUUCCAGACAAAAGGCUGACUUCAGCUUGUGUUUCUUCUAACUCAAACUGUGAGCCUUCAGACAGCUGUCAACAGCAACAUGAAGCUGGAUCAUCCACAGGCGCAGAACUGUCACUUAAUACAGAGGGACUAAAAACUACAAGGCAGCAGAAAACAGAUCAAGGGGAUGCUAAAUGUAUAGUCUCUAGAGACAAUACGCACGUGGAAAAUGAAUCCUGGGACAACUUUCUGAAAGAGACAAACAAAGAGAACUUGCCCUGUGCUUUAUCAGAUUCUGAGAGGAAGCUCCACGGUGAAUUAUUGACCAUAAGUAAACCAAAGAUUCACUCGCAUAAUCCAACCAAGAGCAGUGUAGCUCCUAAACAAAACUUGGGCAAACGCUCAGUGAAGAGUGCUCCUCUGAAGGACCAAGCUAAUAAACAGUUUCACAAAAGGAAUCUACCGGGAAAGUCACAGCAACUCUCUAGAGAAGCAGAACUUGCAAGGCCAGGAGGAAAAGCCCUAAAGACAGCUUCCUCUGCCUUUGCCCAGGCUUCAAGCAGGAGUCAAGCAACAAGGAAAUCAGCGGUCACAGAUAUAAAGGCUAGUAGGGAUAAAUAUAAAAAAGCAAAUGAAACUAAGUUUCAGCUACACACUAUUACUAAAGAGAAAGCAAAAAAUUCCAAGCCCAGGACAUGCCCCAAUGUGCUUCAGGGAGAAUAUUGCAACAGAUAUGCAAAUAUUAAGCAAGACCACAAGUCCACUCAACCCUGUUCUAGACCUCAGACAUCAUGUGCACUGCAAAAGUCAAAAGCUUUCAGCCAGAGGCCUAAUUUGGCGGUUGUCAACUUUAAUCCAGUUGUUCCAAGCACACCAAGCCUUCGCAUGAGUGGAAUUAAUGGGAAUAAAUGCCAUACCAGCUGUCAACCAAAAGUGCGGACUGUGGAUUCCAGGUUGCAAAGGGCUCUUCCCCAGAACCGUUUUCUGAGCAGGACAGUUCCCAAAACUCAAGUAGAAGGCACAGCCUUAAAGGCCAGGAGAGUUCCAGAAGGGACCAGAACGAAUGCAGAUAAUAAGAACACUGCAGCAGAGAUGCGCAGGAAACAGCUCGAAGAAUGGCAGAAAUCUAAGGGGAAAACCUACAAACGACCUCCCAUGGAAAUUAAAACAAAAAGAAAAGUUAUUGAGAAAAUGAAUAUUUCAUUCUGGAAGAGCAUGGAAAAGGAAGAGGAAGAAAAGAAAGAACAGCUUGAACUAUCCAAUAAAAUCAACAACACCCUGACAGAAUGUUUGCAGCUCAUUGAAAGAGGGAUACUUUCUAAUGAACUGUUUACCAUACUAUCUAGUAUUCCUGAGGCUGAAAAAUUUGCUAAAUUCUGGAUCUGUAAGGCAAAGUUGAUGGCAAGUAAGGGGACAUUUGAUGUUAUUGGAUUGUACGAAGAAGCCAUUAAAAGUGGGGCAAUGCCAAUACAAGAGCUGCGAGAAUUUGUUUUGAAGAUUUUACAGAACCCAAACGAACCCACAAAAGCACUUACCGAUGAUAAUUCAGUAGCAGAAACAAAUAUAACAUCAAUAGAAGAACUGACCGAGAAGGUGGCGUGUGGAAGGUCUUGUCUUUCUCCCAAAAGGAGGGAAGAGGUUUUAGCAACACCCCAGAUAAUGAAGGCAGAACCCAACGGUCACACUGGUAUUAAAUUACAGGUUGCUUCAGUCCCCAGAAUAAAUGGAAUGCCAGAAGUGCAGGACACAAAACUCAUCACUCCUGUGCGGCGCUCAGCAAGGAUCGAGAGAGUACUGUCCCAGUACCCAGAUAUGCUGAAGGAACACGAUGUGGUGGUUUCGUCACUCGAUGACCUCCUAGAAGUGGAAGACACAGAGUAUUUCAUAUUCCGUAGAAACGAGGCCUUGCCUGUAACAUUAGGGUUUCAGAUGCUUGAAUCAUAA